UAUGGUGGGUGGCCGCGGCCUCCCUUUUCCUUGCUUCACACCCAAGCUUCGAGUCUUAACCCCGACCCAAACCAGCUGCUUUACUUUCAAAGUUUCAAAGAUUCGAAGGACGGCGCUAUAUGACUCCGCGUGUUCGUUCCCCGAACAGGACCACACGACACGUCACCCCAAACGCCAGCCUCUCUGACGUGUCCCGUUUCAAGCCAGCCCAUUCCGCGGUUGUACCCCGAUUCCCGUUCUUCUCUCGGUGACGCAAGACUUCCCCUUCCCAUAGAAGAAGAGAAAUAUUGCGAGAAUCCGAUACGUUGCUCUGCGAUUGAAUUGGAUCGAUUUCACCGUCAAGGCGUUAAGCUGGUAGGGGCGGCUGGCAACGUCUUCCGAACUAAAUCUUAAUCGUCCUUUCAGGAUCAUUCGCUUCCUUCCUGGAAUUUCUGAAAAUCGCUUCCUCGGGAUUCUCACUCCUCGUCGUCUGAAUUUCAGGUUUGCUUUGUGACAAAGCCACACUGAUGGGAUGGGGGAACAUAUAUGCAAGGCGGAUGAAAGUUUUUACACUGGCUUUUGUUAUCUAUCUGGAUUACAAGGCUUUACAGCAGAGAGAGAAAUGGAUAAGAAAAUCUAAGCGAGUGGCUUUAUGGGAGAAAGCUCAUGAGCGUAAUGCUAAGCGUGUCCUCAGUUUGAUGAUACAAUUGGAAGGUCUAUGGGUGAAACUUGGGCAGUACUUGUCUACACGUGCAGAUGUACUCCCGCAGGCAUAUAUAAACCUUUUGAAGCAGUUGCAGGACUCUCUCCCUCCUCGCUCCUUAGAAGAGGUUUGCAAAACCAUAGAAAAGGAAUUGAGAGAAUCGCUGGAUGAUAUUUUCUCAAACUUUUUUGAAGAACCUCUGGCCACAGCUUCGAUAGCACAAGUUCAUCGUGCAACUCUGCAUGAUGGGCAGGAGGUGGUAGUUAAAGUUCAACAUGAAGGCAUCAAGACUAUUAUAUUGGAGGACUUAAAGAAUGCAAAAUCAAUAGUUGACUGGAUAGCAUGGGCAGAACCACAAUAUGAUUUCAGCCCUAUGAUAGAUGAAUGGUGUAAAGAAGCACCAAAGGAACUGGACUUCAACCAUGAGGCUGAAAAUACUAGAACAGUCUCUAGAAAUCUAGGAUGCAGAAACAGAGGCAUUGACAAGGACUGUGCUAAUUUUGUAGAUGUUUUGAUUCCAGAAGUUAUCCAGUCAACUGAAAAGGUCCUCAUUUUAGAGUAUAUGGAUGGCAUCCGUUUAAAUGAUUCGAAGUCAUUGGAAGCUUUAGGUGUUGACAGACAGAAGCUUGUUGAAGAGAUCACACGUGCAUAUGCACACCAAAUUUAUAUUGAUGGAUUUUUCAAUGGUGAUCCCCAUCCUGGAAAUUUUCUUGUGAACAAGGAACCUCCUCAUCGUCCAAUUUUGCUUGACUUUGGGCUUACAAAAUCUUUGUCAAGCCCUAUGAAACAAGCUCUAGCAAAAAUGUUUCUGGCAGCAGCUGAGGGCGACCAUGUGGCACUCCUGUCUGCCUUUGCAGAAAUGGGACUUAAGUUGCGCUUGGACUUGCCAGAGCAGGCUAUGGAGGUUACUAGUUUGUUAUUCCGCAAUACAACACCUGCAAGUGAAGCUGUUGCCACAAUGAAAUCUUUGGCUGAUCAAAGAACAAAAAACCUGAAAGUCAUACAGGAAAAGAUGAAACUCAACCAAAAAGAAAUUAAACGUUUCAAUCCUGUUGAUGCUUUUCCAGGAGACAUUGUGAUCUUUUCACGGGUACUUAAUCUGCUUAGAGGGCUUUCUUCUACAAUGGAUGUUCGCAUAAGUUACCUAGAUAUAAUGAGACCCUUUGCUGAGUCUGUUUUGCAAGGCAAUAUUAGUAUGGGACCAGCAUUCAAUGCACAGUGGAUUUUUGACACACCUGUUCGUUCUGAUGUGGAGGCCAAGCUGAGGCAGCUUUUGGUGGAGUUGGGGAAUGCUGAUAAAAUCCUUGGAAUCCAGGUAUGUGCCUAUAAGGAUGGAGAAGUGAUCAUUGAUACUUCUGCUGGAGUACUUGGAAGAUAUGAUCCUCGUCCAGUUCAGCCUGAUAGUUUAUUCCCUGUUUUUUCUGUUACAAAGGGUAUAACUGCUGGCAUGUUACAUUGGCUGAUUGAUAACAGAAAGGUGAAGCUUGAAGAAAAUGUCGCAGACGUUUGGCCGCAAUUCAGAUCAGAUGGCAAAGAUCUGAUAAAGGUUCAUCAUGUGCUUAAUCAUACUUCUGGUCUCCAUAAUGCAUUGGCCGGUCUUACACGAGAAAAUCCUUUACUGAUGCUCGAUUGGGAUGAGUGUUUGAAUUGCAUUGCAUUGUCAGUCCCUGAGACUGAGCCUGGUCGUCAGCAGCUGUAUCAUUAUCUGUCUUUUGGCUGGCUAUGUGGUGGAAUUAUUGAGCAUGCAUCUGGAAAGAAGUUCCAGGAAAUUCUGGAAGAAGCUUUCAUUCGCCCCUUGAACAUUGAAGGCGAGCUUUAUAUUGGAAUUCCUCCAGGUGUGGAAUCUCGGCUCGCAACACUUGCAUUGGACUCAGAUGAUCUCAAAAAGAUUUCAGGUAUCCAAAACCGUCCAGAACUGCCCUCAUCCUUCCAGCCAGAAGACAUUUCCCAGCUAGCAACCACGCUUCCCGUUCUAUUCAACACCCUAAAUGUUCGCCGUGCCAUUAUACCUGCUGCUAAUGGGCAUUGCUCAGCCCGUGCACUUGCACGCUACUAUGCAGCACUAGUAGACGGUGGCGUGGUCCCGGCACCACAUCCCUCAUCUUCCAAGCCACCACUUGGCAGCCAUCCGCACUACCCCAAAUUCCCUUCCCCAAAAUCCCAAAAGCAACAGAAGGGCGGCAAGAGAAAGGAGUUCAUAACAGCCUCAAAUGGUGUCAACGCUUCUGUUGGUUCUACUUCUAAUGGUGGUGUUGGUAGGAAGUCUGGCGAAGGCUACGUUAAGGUUCCUGUCAGCAGCCCAACUAAAACUGAAACCUCAACAAUCGCUGCUAAUCAUGGCGCUGGAAGCAAGAUUUUUAGUAAUCCUAAAAUUCAUGAUGCAUUUUUGGGUACCGGGGAGUAUGAGAACUUGGCUCUGCCAAAUGGGAAAUUUGGGCUAGGGUUUACGAGGUAUUAUGCCAAGGAUGGGACCCUUGUUGGCUUUGGGCACUCAGGCAUGGGUGGAUCAACAGGCUACUGUGACAUAAAGAACAAGUUCUCAAUUGCAGUAACCCUGAACAAAAUGUCAUUUGGCACUGCUACAGGAAAAGUAAUUCAGUUUGUUUGCUCGGAGCUAGGCAUUCCUCCACCAGAUGAGUUUUCCAGAUUCACCGGGAGCGGAGGUAGCAUGCAGGCUGAUUUAGAAAUACCACUGAUUAACUGAGGAAUGAGAAUCCUUGUUCCUUCUAUCACUGUUGUACGAGCAUAAAUAAUAAUUGAUUGGACGUAGAUGAUUAUGCCACGUGAAAUGAUUGUAGAUGGCGAUUUAGUUGAUUAUGAGGAAACCACAAUUGCCAAUAUUGAAUCUCAUCUGCAAUUUGGUUCAUAA